AUGGCGUGGUUGGCGAAUAUCGAUAUUGCCCCAUAUACCGGUGCGGAAACCUUACUGAACUACUUAUCUAAGUACGUUAGCAAGUCCGAGCCGGCGAUUCAGAGCUACCUCAGCCUGAUGCGGGGGAUUCUCUCCCAUAUUACCAAUCAGCAUCUUCUUCUCUCAGCCGUUCGUGAAAUGAUGAACGCCCUCCUUUCCCCACGCGAUUGGUCGGCCCAUGAGGUUCUUCAAAUCCUCCUCGGCGUCCCAUACACUAUGGGAGUGGCACCGCGCUCCCAGGAUGAGCAGGCUUCCCUUCGCGUUUGUUGA